CUCCAGGCCCGUGAGUUUCGCCUCGGGCUGCCUGCGCCCGCCAGAUCGGUAGGCGCCUUCUCCACCUCCCGUAGGUCCCGGAAGCGGAGGCAUAAGGGAGGCUCCCUCGUUCCCGCAGCCGCUCUCAUUUCUCGGGUCCUCCCUUCUUGCGGCGCCGCUGCCACGUGCGGCUGCUCCACGUGCUUCCGGCUUGCCCGCCCCCCAGCGGCACUCGCAGAGCCCGGCUGAGCCCGCCCGAGAGGGACACGCCUGCGCCAUGCAGAGGAAGAAGGUGGACAACCGCCUCCGGGUCCUCAUCGAGAACGGCAUGGCCCAGCGCCAGAGGUCGCUCUUCGUUCUCGUGGGGGACCGCGGGAAGGACCAGGUGGUCAUUCUCCACCACAUGCUGUCCAAAGCCGCCGUGAGGGCCCGGCCGUCGGUGCUGUGGUGCUACAAGAAGGAGCUGGGCUUCAGCAGCCACCGCAAGAAGAGGAUGCGGCAGCUGCAGAAGAAGAUCAAGAGCGGGACGCUGAGCGUGCGGCAGGACGACCCCUUCGAGCUCUUCGUGGCGGCCACCAACAUCCGCUACUGCUACUACAACGAGACGCACAAGAUCCUGGGCAACACCUUCGGCAUGUGCGUCCUGCAGGACUUUGAGGCCCUGACCCCAAACCUACUGGCGCGCACGGUGGAGACGGUGGAAGGGGGUGGGAUCAUCGUGAUCCUCCUGCGGACCAUGAACUCCCUCAAACAGCUGUACACCCUGACCAUGGACGUUCAUUCCCGCUACCGGACGGAGGCGCAUCAGGACGUGGUGGGACGGUUUAAUGAAAGGUUCAUCCUGUCCUUGGCCUCCUGCAAGAACUGCAUCGUCAUCGACGACCAGCUCAACAUCCUGCCCAUCUCCAGCCACGUGGCCAACAUUCAGGCGCUGCCUCCAAAGACGCAGGACGAUGAGCUGUCGCCCUCGGACCUGGAGCUGAAAGAGCUGAAGGAGAGCUUGCAGGAUACUCAACCUGUGGGCGUGUUGGCGGACUGCUGCAAGACGCUGGACCAGGCCAAGGCUGUCCUGAAGUUCAUCGAGGCCAUCUCAGAGAAGACCCUCAGAAGCACGGUGGCGCUCACGGCGGCCCGAGGCCGUGGGAAGUCGGCCGCCCUGGGGCUGGCCAUCGCGGGGGCAGUGGCCUUUGGGUACUCCAACAUCUUUGUCACCUCCCCCAGCCCGGAUAACCUGCACACCCUGUUUGAAUUCAUCUUUAAAGGCUUCGAUGCCCUUCAGUACCAGGAGCAUUUAGACUAUGAGAUCAUCCAGUCGCUGAAUCCCGAAUUUAACAAGGCGGUGAUCCGGGUGAACGUGUUCCGUGAGCACCGGCAGACCAUCCAGUAUAUACACCCUGGAGAUGCAGUGAAGCUGGGGCAGGCUGAGCUCGUUGUGAUUGAUGAAGCUGCCGCCAUCCCGCUGCCCUUGGUGAAAAGCCUGCUGGGUCCCUACCUCGUCUUCAUGGCUUCCACCAUCAAUGGGUACGAGGGAACGGGCCGCUCGCUGUCUCUGAAGCUGAUCCAGCAGCUGCGGCAGCAGAGCGCGCAGAGCCAGCUGAGCACCACGGCUGAGAACAAGGUCACCACCACAGCCCGGCUGGCCUCAGCUCGAACCCUGCACGAAGUUUCCCUCCAGGAAUCAAUCCGAUACGCGCCUGGAGACGCGGUCGAGAAGUGGCUCAACGGCCUGCUGUGUCUCGACUGCCUCAACAUCACCAGGAUCGUGUCGGGCUGCCCUCUCCCUGAGGCCUGUGAACUCUACUAUGUGAACCGCGACACUCUCUUCUGCUACCACAAGGCCUCUGAAGCCUUCCUCCAGAGACUGAUGGCCCUCUACGUGGCUUCUCACUACAAGAACUCCCCCAACGACCUUCAGAUGCUCUCGGACGCCCCGGCUCACCAUCUCUUCUGUCUCCUGCCACCGGUCCCCCCGACCCAGAACUCCUUGCCAGAAGUGCUCGCUGUCGUCCAGGUCUGCCUCGAGGGUGAGAUCUCUCGGCAAUCCAUCCUCAACAGCCUGUCUCGGGGGAAGAAGGCAUAUGGAGAUCUCAUUCCCUGGACCAUCUCCGAGCAGUUCCAAGACCCUGACUUUGGCAGCCUCUCUGGGGGAAGGAUCGUCCGCAUUGCUGUGCACCCAGAUUACCAAGGGAUGGGCUAUGGCAGCCGGGCCCUGCAGCUGCUCCAGAUGUAUUAUGAGGGCCAGUUCCCCUGCUUGGAGGAGAAAAUCAUCCAGAAAUCACAAGAAAUCCACACUGUGAGCAGCGAGGCCGUCAGCUUGUUGGAAGAAGCCGUUUCGCCCCGGAAGGACCUGCCCCCCCUGCUCCUCAAGCUGAGUGAGAGGCCUGCGGAAAGCCUGGACUACCUGGGCGUCUCCUAUGGCUUGACACCAAAGUUGCUGAAGUUCUGGAAGCGGGCUGGAUUUGUUCCUGUCUAUCUGAGGCAGACACCGAAUGACCUGACAGGCGAGCACUCGUGUAUCAUGCUGAAGACUCUAAGUGCAGAGGAAGAUCCUGAGCAGGACCCCUGGCUCCCAGCCUUCUGGAAAGAUUUCCGGAGGCGCUUCCUGUCCUUGCUGGCCUAUCAGUUCAGCUCUUUCUCACCUGCUCUGGCUCUGAACAUCCUUCAGAAUAAAAACAUUGGGGAUAAAUCCCAGGCAGAGCUGAGCCGCGGAGAGCUGGAGGCCACCUUCCUCUCCUACGACCUGAAGAGGCUGGAAAUGUACUCGCGCAACAUGGUGGAUUAUCACCUGAUCAUGGACCUGAUCCCGGCCAUCGCCAGGCUGCACUUCCUGGGCCAGCUGGGCCAGCUCUCCCUGUCGGCCGCCCAGUCGGCUCUCCUGCUGGGGGUCGGCCUCCAGCACAAGACCAUGGACCAGCUGGAGAAGGAGAUCGAGCUGCCCUGCAGCCAGCUGAUGGGCCUCUUCAACAGGGUCAUCCGCAAGGUGGUGCAGUUGUUCAGCGUGAUCCAGGAGAAGGCCAUCGAGGAGCAGAUGGUGGCAGCGAAGGACGUGGUCAUGGAGCCCACCAUUAAGUCUCUGAGUGAAGACCUGGAUGAAGCUGCAAAAGAAUUCCAGGAAAAACAUCGCAAAGAAGUGGGGAAGCUGAAGAACAUGGACCUCUCCCAAUACAUAAUCCGUGGGGAUGACGAAGAAUGGAACGAGGUCCUGAACAAAGCCGGACAGAACGCUUCCGUCGUCAGCUUGAAGAGUGAUAAGAAGAGAAAAUCUGAAGCAGAAAAGGAUCUGAAACAGAACAAGAAAUUGAAGAAGGGCCGAGAUAAGAAGAGCAAGAACGACAGCAAGCAGAAGAGAAGGAAAUAGUGGCGGCUGCCAACUCGGGCAUCGGGAGACCUGGAGAGCUCUGGGGCCGGCCGGGGUGGGUGCUGCCCACCGCCUCACAAGGACCUGUCCAGGGCCACACGGGCAGAGAUGUCCCUCCGAGCUGGGGCGCUCACAUCCUGGCGCUUGGCCUUUCACCCUGAACUUGCUUUUCCUCCCGCCUGCAUCCCUUUCGGGCUUCCCGACCCAGUUUUCCAGAUUCGUUCCUCUGCACCCUGGAGAGGCCAAGGAGCUGAAGUGUCGUAACUACCCAGGACACCUCAUGGGCGUCUUGGGAAAGCUGCCCCAUGAUGGGCAGGAGGAGUAAGGGGUCAGGGAAGAGGAGGCCGGGGCUGAAGCCAGACACUUGGGUUCUGGGACUGUCCUUUGGCAGCCAUGAUUCCCAGAGUGUUUUGCGACCGAGAGCCUGGAGCUAACGGCGGGCAGGAUCUUUGGAGCUACCCCACUUCUGACCAGUCGCUGUCUGGCGAUGGACGUAGGAAGCUGCCGCCUUAGGCGGCCCAGGAGUGAGAGGGACGCAAGCUUUGUUUUCACUUUCAGCCUCAGAAGGACUAUUUGCUGGUUGGGUAUUAAAUCCCUUUGUGCCCAUCAACUUUUCUGUGCCGAUUAUUGUCUGAGCUUUGAGUUGAAGAACAGAAAGAAUGUGGCAGUAGUGAGUGAAGGCCAGGAAGCAAGGCCUGCAUUCGAAUCCCACAUCUGCUGCCUGGGAUACUGUGAGCAGCAGAGCAUUUCAGUUCCCCGGGAGAACUGAACUCGACAAGUGAGCCUUGGUGGAGAGAAUUUCACCACUGGGAGUUCUAUGCUGAUGAACUCACAGUCCAGACCAAAAAAUGCUGAGAAAAAAACAAUUCUGGUUAAUUCUUGGUCCCUAGAUGUCUGAAGGGACUAGAAAUGGCCAGACGUACAUGCCAGCAUUGCAUCAUGGGCAGAGGGUGAGGGAUUUGAUUUCAAUGUCAGAGGCAGACAGGAGAAUUAGGAGGCAAAAUCUUGCUGGAUGUGAUGGGGUCUGAAAGCCUGGAGCAGGGGGGUCAUCCUGAAAGGGAGCCUGGAUCCUGCAUCGAAAUGAGUGCUGGAGCUGGUGCCCAGGAGGUCCCUCCUGGCUCUAAACUGGCAGCCAGACAGCCAGCCCUUCUGAGCUCCAUGCUGCCCUCAGGGUCUUUGAAAAGGAGGGCUGAACGGAGAUGGUCGGAGCCCCUUCUGGCACGGACGUUGGUUGCCCUCUGUCUCCCGUUCCUGCCAUGCUGGUUUUGGGGCUCCCUUUUUCGUUGGUGACUAAGUGCCUGUGGACUCGGCUUGGGUAGAGCCAUCUCUCGCUGGCAGCUGCCAUUGUUGGAGGCUUCCUUGUGUGUGCACGUAACGGUUUUUGCCCCAAAGGUCUCGGGGAGGGAUGUUAUUUUCAGAUCAGUGGAUCUUCACAGGGAAGGUAUGGUUUCUGAAUGCCGCCUAUCGGACGAGUCUCAUUGCCCAGCUUCUCAUCGGCCGAGCGGAAGCGCCGGCCUUCAGCCCCGAGUGUCAGGUCCCAGCUUUGCUAUGAGCCAAACACGCCUCCUGGUCGUGGAUGCGACCUUCCUCUGUAAGUGACCGCCAUUGGCCCUUUCCUCCUCCCCAAUCUAUCCUCCCCUGCGCUUGAGCCAUUCUUACAACGGAUUCUGAAUUUUGGGUCCGUGAACUUGUUUUUUAAAUAUUUUGAGAACUCAAGAUAUAAUUGAUGGUCUUUGUAAUCCUGUGCAUUUUAAUUUAUCCCUUUAAAAGCGGGAUUCUGAGAAGGGUCCGUCCCCAGACUGCGGGCCCAAGGGAUAAGCCACAAAAAGAGGUUAAAGACCCUUUAGAAACUGUAUCCAUAGAGAUGCCAGUUCCACAAUAUCCUCACUUAUGUUUCUUUGUGUUCCGAUCGGCGGGAUGAAUGUGCUCGCGUCAGAUACUGUGCCUUAUCUCCAUGGCCCGCUUUCAGUCUCCGGGAUUAUAGCAAACACCAGCCCCUUUUCCUUAGCUUCUGCUGUACCACUGAGAAAGGUCUUUGGCUUCUUGCCAAAGGGGGCGGGGCGGGGAGGGGAGGCGCCUGCUUCUGGCGGAGACGUUGUAAAAUGCACUUCCCUGGUUGGGUCCCCAAAGGGAGGGGCUGAGUCUUGGCCAUCAGGGCAGUGGCGGGGCCACCUGCUUCGUCUCAGCCUCGAGGAACGGCUCGCAGCGGAGAAGAUGGGAAGGCCUUUUGUUCCCUGGGCCUGCCGGGACUCGGGGAUAGACGCCGCUCUCUCCCGGCCUUGUGUGCGGGGCGCGCUGAGCUGUGGGGCUGGGGAAGGGGGCGGAGUCGGGGCCGCCCUGUGCCCUCCGGCCCCCUGCUCCUUCUGGGAGCUCCGCCCGAGCUGGCCGGGGAGGGAGGGGCAGACGGUCAGAGAAGGACUCUCCCCCCCAGGCGGGGCCACCGAGUCUCGGGGAGUCCCGAACGCCGGAAUCCGCCUUAGGCCAGAAUUCCCUAGAAUUAUCUCAUUACUGCCUUGUCUCCCCCCCCCCCCAAACAAAUAAAAAUAAAAACAGUGAGGACCGCCUCUGACCCGGA